AUGUCGCUAGACGCCAGUGGAAGUUGGUUAGACGCCGAUACGCGACAUUAUCAACCGACUGAAGACACAAGCAAGAUGUCGGAGGUACGAAACAUGUCCACGACCGAUUUCGAGCAAUCUGCCCAGCCGUCUGUGGAGGAUGAAAAACAGGUGGUCAGCGCUAAUGGGGCAGACCUGGAGAGACAGCGCAACUGGUCGUCUGUGAUGGCCGUUUAUGUUGGUCUUUUGAUGGCUAUUGGUGGGUUUCUUUAUGGAUACGAUACGGGUAUCAUCAACGGGUUAUUAGAUAUGGAAUAUGUGAGGACCACUUUCCCUCCUCACGGCGAGAUGCACUUCACCGCGAGCCAGAACUCGCUUAUUACGUCAGUUUUGUCCAUCGGUACGUUUGUGGGGUCGCUGCUGGCGCCGAUAUUCUCUGAUAGAAUAGGAAGACGGCUCAGUAUCUUCUCUGCCUGUACCAUUAUGUUUUCGCUGGGAACCAUUUUGCAGGUGGUUUCCUCCACCAUCCCGCUUCUCUGCGUGGGCAGACUGAUCAGUGGAUUUGGUGUUGGAAUGAUCUCGGCCAUUAUUCCGCUUUAUCAGGCAGAGGUCUCGCCCAAGUGGAUUAGAGGAUCUGUGGUUUCUUUGUACCAAUGGGCCAUCACGUGGGGGUUGCUGGUUUCCAGUGCCAUCACCCAGGCAACACAUUCCAUCAAUGACGCUAGAUGCUAUCGGAUUCCGAUCGGGUUGCAACUGAUUUGGGGAGUGUUUUUAGCCGUGGGGAUGUACUCUUUGCCGGAGUCUCCACGGUUCUACGUUAAAAAAGACCGGCUCGACGACGCCCUGCACUCGCUCUCGCGGUUCCGCAGAUUAGAAAUCAACGACAAGUCGCUCAUCGAAGAGCUGAUAGAAAUCAAGGCCAGUCACGACUAUGAAAUGAGUUUUGGAAAAACAAGCAUUCUCGACUGUUUCCGCAGUUCUCCAAGCAGAGCUAACCAGCUGCGCAGAAUGAUGAUCGGAAUGGUUUUGCAGGCUCUUCAACAAUGUUCCGGAAUCAACUUCAUCUUCUACUACGGAGUCAACUUCUUUGUGCAUGCCGGAGUAGCAAACUCGUACCUCAUCUCGUUUGUCACCUACACCGUCAACGUUGUCUUUACGAUCCCAGGCAUAUUCUUUGUGGAAAUCUGGGGACGACGGCCGCUUCUCAUUGUGGGGGCUGCCGGAAUGACGGUCUCGAACUUUGUCAUUGGCAUAGUUGGUAUCACUACAGACUCCAUCAUAGCCAACAAGAUCAUGGUUGCAUUUGUGUGUUUGUUCAUUGCGUUUUUCGCAUCGACAUGGGGUCCGUUGGCCUGGGUCGUUGUCGGAGAGAUGUACAGUUUGUCGAUCCGCCAAAAAGCCGUGUCGAUCACCGCGGCAACCAACUGGCUGGUGAACUUUGUCUUUGCGUUCUCCACGCCGUACUUGGUAGACACGGGAAAACACACUGCUGCACUCGGCACCAAGAUCUUCUUCCUAUGGGGGUCGUUGAACUUUGUCGGGCUCGUGUUUGCCUACUUCAACAUCUACGAAACAAAAGGACUCUUACUGGAAGAAGUCGACGACCUGUUCCGGUUCUGCAAAAACGCUCGCCAAUCAAGAUAUUACAGACCGCAUCAAAAUAACAUAGAGAGCGAGGGUUCUCAUCCUUCUGAAGAAGAACGCCCGCAACAAACAAACGCUCACAUGAUGAUUAACGAUAUUUUAAGCGUUCCAAACAACGUUCCUCCGUCGAUUCAUUCAACAGACGACGAGAUCGAGUCCCAGCCACCAAAUCUGGACCAUUACUUCACCUCGCAGAACGAAUACAACUACAGCAAUCAGGAAGACCUCAUGGGUCUUAUCCGCAGUCUAGGGAUGCGGAUUUCCGACGAGCACGAAACAGAGCCAGAACCGCUAGCUGGCUCUUCGCAGUCCGUACAUACUCAUUAA